AUGGCGAGACGUUGUGCCUUUGUGUGCGCAGAUCGACGGCACUCUCCCGCAAGGGAAUUCAUGUCAGACAACAGACACCUGCCUGAGGUUGCGAAGUGCCCAGCUGUUGGCCGAGCAGCGCAAAUUGCGACGGAGCGGAGAGUGGGAGCGGAGAGUGGGAAGUGGGAAUGGGACUGUGGGAAUGAGAGUGAGCGUCUUUCGUCUCCGGGUCGAGCUCCUCCCAAUGGCCAAUGGCGGAUGCAUGUCAUGGCGUGGUGCAUCAGCCUCACAGAGAGCGGGUGCAUACAGCAGUUUGCCGGCUGA